AUGUUUACACCGAUUUUAAAUCCGAAUUCUUCUUCAUCAUCAACUAAUACAAAAUCAAAUUCAGCUAUAUCUUUAUCACAAUAUCAAAGUGAACUUUCUAAAAUUCUACAUAAGCAUGAUCCAAAUGCUAUACGUUUAUAUGAUUUUAUUAAUCAUGUUAAAAUAUUUACUUAUAAUUUAAAUACUUCUCGUUGGGGAGAUAAUCCGAUUAUUGAAGGAAAUUUAUUUGUUUACAAACGGCAAGAAAUUAUCAAUAAUCAUCCGUAUCAAUCCUAUGUAUUUUCUAUUAUAAAUAAAGAACAAAUUUUUAUACAAUCAAUUACUUCUGGUAUGCUCGAACAAAUUGAUAAACAAUGUUUAUUCUAUGAAGUUAUGAAAAAUGAUAAACCUGAAAUAUUUAGUUUACAUUUUUUAAAUGAACAAGAAUGUUUAAGAUUACAUAAAUUUAUUUAUCAUUGUAUACAAAAACUUAAAGAACAACAAAGUCUUUCAAUUACUACCGGUGCACAUCAAUUAUUAACUCCAGUAACAAAUAGUAAUGAAGAUCCUACAUUAUCACUUAAACGUUUACUUAAUAUUUCAAGUCAAAAUGAAUUAAGUCUUCCACCAUCUGAAUUUAAACAAUCGAAACCAAUGAAUCGUGAACAUUUUCAAAAUGUUUUUCUUCAUCUUAUUCAAAAUAAUGAUGAAUUUCUUGAUAUCAUUCAUCAAGCAUGUUUUAGUUCUUCAACAUAA